GCAACCAACCAUAACUUCAUUCAGUAAAUUAUCGAUAAGAUUUAUAAGAUAGUGGAAUAUUUUCAUUCAGAUCUGAUGUUCAUGGCUCACUCUUCUCUGCAACAAAAGCCACACAACAAGCCAUACUUCGUGUGAGGCUCCUCUGUGAGAAGGCCUGUAGCAGCAUAACAGGAGUGGGCGAGGGAGACGAUGGCAUUUUUUUGCUUUAUUCUGAUCAUCAGAAAACCUUCACACUGAAGGAGUUUGAAGAGAUGCAGUCAAAACAAGCACAAGAGGCAAAGGAAAAGCUAGAAGCACUAAGAGUAAAGGUGCUAGGAAUUGUCAAAGAAGCUUGUGAGAAAAUUACAGAGGAGGAGGGACUCACAGAAUGGGUUCACCCUGAAAGAAAGAAAGAAGCACCAAAGAAAAAGAAGGCAACUAAUACAGAUGGAAAGAAAAGAAAAGGCAAAGAUGGAGAUGGGCAGCCAACAUUUACACAAAUGUCUCAGUGGAGAGGUGUCCUUCAUCGUUUGACAUGUUUUAUUAGACUGAUUGACUUUCUAGUGAUGGAACUUUUAAGACGACUAGUCCUUGUAGCAUUGAGGACACUGUUAGCUCAAGUGAAGGCCUCUUCUGUGCAGGGGUCUGUUGUUCAUCUGAGUCUAAUGGAGCCAACUCUUGAUGACCAAGUCAAACCAGAUGUUGUAUUUGGCAGCGAUGAUGAAGAAGAGAAAAAGGCAGUAGAACUCUUGAAGGUGGAGCUGGUCUUAAAUGUUCCACCUAUGGAAGAUGGUGCCGAUAAGAAAACAGUCACGUUUGAUGUCCACUCUCAACGGCCAGAGACUGGAGAGAAGUCUACACUUAACACUGCUGAUGGGACAUCAUUUGUUGAUGACACAAUGACAGUCACCUCUGGAAAGGAGCCUUCAGUGACUUCUCUCAGCAGUCAUACCUCGCAGACAACCAAGUCUUUCAUUUCUCUCAAACCAACAGAACAGGAUUUUGAAACAGCUCUUUACAACAUUAUUUAUGGAUUUGAACAAACUGCAGCAUCAUUCAAAAGCUUAGUCUAUGACCCAGAGUUGUCCAUUUAUGUUAAUCCACCGACCAGCGAUGUUGUGUAUGCUUUGUCACGUGAUGUAGUUAAAGAGGAGAAAGCCAAGCGGAUUCCCUGGCCUGACUCAGAGUUGUUGUUUGGUCAGGAUCCUGAUUAUCAGAACGAUGUUGGUCAGAUAUUUCAUCAGAUCAAAGAUGAAGUGGACAAUGUCCUCAAUUAUUCAAAGAAAUUUAGAAGAUUCUGUGUUAUGGUGGACAAAUCACGUAGAGUAGAUGUGGAUGGCUCCCUUAAAGAAAGAGAAUGGGACACUGAAGAAUUCUAUGCUGUGCUUAACCAGCACACAGAGCAGGUACUUGAGAUGGCAAAGAUGACAUUGGAUAAAAGGAUUGGACUGUUUCAUGUAGACGUUACUGGAUUUAAAACCGAUUGUCUUCCCUACCCUGAAAAAAUUCUCGAAGCUGUAGGCCGACAUCUCCCCUUUAUUGCUGCCAAGAGAAAUGAUGUCCUCCUAAAUGUCAUCAAGCACGCUUCAAGGAAGCUGGACAAAAUGGCAGACACUGUAGAAGCCUUUGUGGAACAUCUCAUCUUCUUGUCACGUAUGGGAAAUGAGAUUGCUUCUUUGGAGAAAGAGUACAACAUUGUCACUCGCAUGUACAGCAUAGCACGUAACUUUGAAAUGUCCAUAUCAAAUGAAGAGCUAGCUCUCUAUCAGAUGCUUAUGCCAAGCUUUCAGCAUCUCAAGUCAACCAUUUUAUACUGUGAAGCAAAGAAGGAUGAAAACAUCCAACGGUACAGUAAGGCCCUUGAUGAUCUCAUCGGCACUGUGCGACGUGAGCUGGUCACCAUAAAGAACAAGGUCUGCUCUCCUGCUUUGCUUGAUGCUGACAGUAUCCCUCAAGUGGCCACUGAGAAGCUGAAGCUGUUGAAGGAGGACUUGGCAAACUUGUCAACCAAGGCUCGUAAUUAUACUGCUUAUCAGGACCGCUUUGGGAGUUCCAUGUCAUCUUCAUUGCAGAAGAAGGCCUUGACUGAGGGAGUUAUGCUUAGCAAAGCAGGCCAUUCAAGUCCCCAGGCCUCCUCCUUACAGUCGGAGGUAACAGAAGUUGAAAAGGACUUGACACUAAGAUGCCUUUUAUGGGAGUCCCUGCAAGAAUGGCAGGGAUUGGUCGAUCAGUGGGAGGCCACGCCCUUUGAGACUCUGAAGAUUGAUGAAGUACAACAAGAUGUCACAAGGUUUAUCCAGACAGUAUUCUUACUGGAAAAAGGUCUUCCACCCAACAAGGUUGUACCAAAACUGAAGCAGAAAGUGAUGAGCUUUAAACAGGGCAUGCCUGUUAUAACAAGCCUGAGAAAUGCUGCGCUCAGAACAAGACACUGGGAGGCGAUACAGAAUGUUAUUGGAACACGGAUAGUUCGUGACAAAUAUUUCACACUGGGACACCUUCUGCAGCUCAAGGUUUUUCAACACAAGGAGAAAAUUUCAGACAUCUCAUCUCAGGCCAGCAAUGAAGCAACUCUGGAACAAAUGCUUCAAAAGGUGAUGGACUUUUGGAACCAUACAGAUUUCCAGUUGUCUGCACAUUCUAGCCGGGAUAUUGCCAUCAUCACAGGAGCUGAUGAUAUCAUAACAUCGGUGGAAGAGAGCCAGGUCACGCUUUCUAACAUCCGAGGGUCACGCUUUGUCACGCCCAUCAAGGCUUUGGUUGAGGAUUGGGACAGAAAACUAAAACUGUUUGCAAGAACAUUAGAUGAAUGGCUUCUCUGUCAGCGAAACUGGCUUUACCUGGAAACCAUCUUUUCGGCAGCUGACAUUCAAAGGCAACUACCAAAUGAAGCUCGUCUGUUUGCUCAAGUUGACAAAUCAUGGAAAGACAUUAUGAGAAGGACUAUUGAUAAACCAAAUGCACUGAGGGCUUCAACAGCUGCUGGAGUGCUGGAAGUAUUACAAGGAAGUAACUCUCAUUUGGAGAAAAUACACAGAUGUUUAGAGGACUACCUUGAGACAAAGAGACUGGUGUUUGCACGAUUUUACUUCCUGAGUAAUGAAGAUUUACUCGAUAUCUUGGCAAAUAGCAGCAAAAACCCUGAUGCCGUUCAGCCCCAUUUGAGAAAGUGCUUUGGUAACAUUCAUCAACUCGAUAUUGUUCGUCAAGCUCAUUCACCAGCACAGAUCCAGCACAUGAUUUCAGAGGAAGGAGAGCGUGUACCACUGCCUAAGACUUUAAGAGCACGGGGAACUGUGGAGUCUUGGCUGUACAAUGUAGAGCUAGCCAUGUACGAGACUGUUAAAAUGCACCUGAAGAAGUGCUUAGUGGAUUAUGGCACAAGAGGUUACUCUGACUGGGUGUUGGCCCAUCCAGGACAAGCUGUUUUGACUGUUUCCCAAAUUGUGUUCAAUCGUGAUGUACGAAGCUGUUUCCGCACCACACGACCCAAAGAUGCUCUUGAAGGCAAGAGGGAGAAGCUAGUAUCAGUCCUUCACAGUCUGUCACAGCUGGUGACGUCAUCAUUAGUCCCUCAUCAGCAUCAGACCCUAGAGGCCUUGUUAACAAUUGAUGUACAUGCCCGAGAUGUCCUGGAUUCAAUGAUUACUAAUCAGGUCUAUCAGAUGGAGGAUUUCCAAUGGACUAGACAACUGCGUUACGAGUGGAACGAUGAUCGCCAUUCCUGCAUGGUCCGUCACAGCAAUGCAGUGUUUGAAUAUGGCUAUGAAUACCUUGGGUGUUCUCCACGACUUGUGAUCACCCCACUAACAGACAGAUGUUACUUGACCUUGACUGGGGCUCUCAACCUUCAUCUUAAUGGUGCUCCUCUAGGACCUGCGGGUACAGGCAAAACAGAGACUGUUAAAGAUCUUGCAAAGGCCAUGGGCAAACAGUGUCUUGUGUUCAACUGUUCAGAAGGUCUUGAUUACAAGAUGAUGGGCAAGUUCUUCUCAGGUUUAGCUCAGUCGGGUUCGUGGUUCUGUUUUGAUGAGUUCAAUCGUAUUGAUGUUGAAGUGCUGUCAGUCAUUGCUCAACAGCUGCAUUCCAUUAAAACAGCGAAAGACAAUGGUGUAACAAGGUUUUUGUUUGAAGGACGAGACAUCAAGUUGAAUGCCAACUGUGGAACGUUUAUAACAAUGAACCCUGGAUAUGCAGGUCGAGUUGAACUUCCUGACAAUUUGAAAUCCUUGUUCCGUCCUGUGGCCAUGAUGGUGCCUGAUUAUGCUCUAAUAGCUGAGAUCAUUUUGUUCUCCGAGGGAUUCACGGCAGCUGCAUUGUUAUCAAGAAAAGUUGUCAAUCUUUAUCAGCUGGCGAGCAAACAGCUCUCUCAACAGGAUCACUAUGACUUUGGACUUCGCGCCAUCAAAUCGGUUCUUCUCAUGGCUGGACAGCGCAGGAGGGCUGCAAGUCUCAAUAUGGAGUCUGAGUCGCUGGAAGAAGAGGAAUCUCACCUGAUUAUAAAUGCGGUCAAGGAUGCGAACAUUCCAAAGUUUGUAGCUGAGGACCUGCCGCUGUUUACUAGAAUCUUAGCUGACUUGUUUCCUGGCAUGGAUCCACCUGCUCCUGAUAGCAAGUUGCUCAAGAAAGCUGCUAAGGCUGCAUUUGGUGAGUUGUCCAUCCAGUAUUGGCCCACACAGAUCGACAAGGUGAUCCAACUAAACAGCACGUUACAAGUUCGUCACGGUGUCAUGCUUGUGGGGCCGGCUGGUGGCGGCAAAACUACCACGCGUCAGAUCCUAAAGCGCGCGCUUGUCGUCCUGCCAACCAUUCAAGCGCGGGAACAACAGCAACCGUUAGGGACUGGGGAUUACCCUGAGGAGACUGGGUCGUUGAAGACUACGAUGUCUUUUACGCGAGGCACCAAAAUUAGGCGUGGCUUGGUCAAUGUGUCCACGUUGAACCCUAAAUGUGUGACAGUAGGAGAGCUGUAUGGCGAAGUGAACCCGACCACUAUGGAGUGGAAAGAUGGUCUGUUGUCCCACAUAUACCGUAAAUACGCCAAGACUAGCAGAGGUACCAUACAGGGAGCGAGACGGAAACAGUCAAACACACCCUUACCUGCCUCGCCCAGCAGGCUGUCGAGGGCUUCAUCAGCCAAGUCUGUUGUGACCAGUGUUUCAGGCAUCAGUAUGGAAGACAGCAAUGAACUUGAAUCAGCCACUGUGAUGGAGGAAGCCAUUGGUGUCAACAGACAGGAGACACCGGUGUCAUGGAACUGGAUUGUUUUGGAUGGUCCUGUUGACACACUCUGGAUUGAGAAUCUUAACACUGUUUUGGAUGAUACCAAGGUUUGAACUGUUUGGAUAGUCCUUUUCUAUUUUUUAAAAAAACAAAAACAAAAAAAAAAAACGAAGAAAUUUGGAGGUGAAAUUAAAUGAUACUAAGGCUAUUUUCACGCCGGGUGCCUGAGCACGGAUGCCUGGGCACUGACAAAAAAAUAAUGAUGUUUUCAGACACUGGGUUCUCCAUGUACGCAAAUACCGUUUAGCGCCCAAGUACAAGGUCAAGACGGCUUGUACCCGGGCAAGGGCUCUGUGCCUGAAUUGUUAUGUGAUUACUUGGAAAAAUGACUGAAUUUAUUGUGAAAAGCUCCUAAAGGUUGUUUUUCUGACU